GGGGAUUCGGCGAAGGAAGCUCGUAACAUGGCGGAUAGCGAGGAAGGCUUCGGGCUCCCCACUACGCCGGCCGACUCGGAGGCCAAGGAGCUGCAGGCUGAAGCCAAGCAGGACACGCAGCUGGGGGCCACCAGCAAGUCCCCCACCUCUCCGCAGGCAGCCUUCACCCAGCAGGGUAUGGAGGGGAUCAAGGUGUUUCUGCACGAGCGGGAGCUAUGGCUGAAAUUUCACGAGGUGGGCACGGAGAUGAUCAUCACCAAGGCUGGAAGGCGUAUGUUCCCCAGUUACAAAGUGAAGGUCACUGGACUUAAUCCAAAAACUAAGUACAUACUGUUGAUGGAUAUUGUACCAGCGGAUGACCACCGAUACAAAUUUGCAGAUAAUAAAUGGUCGGUGACAGGGAAGGCAGAGCCGGCCAUGCCCGGUCGCCUGUAUGUCCAUCCCGACUCCCCCGCUACCGGCGCCCACUGGAUGAGGCAGCUGGUUUCUUUCCAAAAACUCAAGCUCACCAACAACCACCUCGACCCCUUCGGACAUAUCAUCCUGAACUCCAUGCACAAAUACCAGCCCCGGCUCCACAUUGUCAAAGCAGAUGAGAACAAUGGCUUCGGGUCCAAGAACACGGCGUUUUGCACCCACGUCUUUCCAGAGACUGCCUUCAUCGCUGUCACCUCCUACCAAAACCACAAGAUCACCCAGUUAAAGAUUGAGAACAAUCCUUUUGCGAAAGGUUUCCGUGGCAGUGACGACAUGGAGCUCCACAGGAUGUCCAGGAUGCAGAGUAAAGAGUACCCGGUCGUUCCCAGGAGCACAGUGAGACAGAAAGUGUCCUCGAAUCACAGCCCCUUCAGCGGCGAGACCAGGGUCCUCUCUGCCUCCUCCAACCUGGGCUCCCAGUAUCAGUGCGAGAACGGGGUGUCGAGCACCUCCCAGGACCUGCUGCCGCCUGCCAACCCGUUCCCCAUCUCCCAGGAGCACAGCCAGAUCUAUCACUGCACCAAGAGGAAAGAUGAGGAAUGUUCGAGCACCGAGCAUCCCUACAAGAAGCCCUACAUGGAGACCUCUCCGGCAGAAGACGAUCCUUUCUACCGCUCCAGCUACCCCCAGCAACAGGGACUCAACACCUCGUACAGGACUGAGUCUGCCCAAAGGCAAGCGUGCAUGUACGCCAGCUCGGCGCCCCCCACGGACCCCGUGCCCAGCCUGGAAGACAUCAGCUGCAACACGUGGCCCAGUGUGCCCUCCUACAGCAGUUGCACAGUGUCUGCCAUGCAGCCCAUGGACAGGUUACCCUACCAACAUUUCUCUGCCCACUUCACCUCGGGGCCGCUGAUGCCCCGCCUGGGCAGCGUGGCCAACCAUACGUCCCCCCAGAUCGGAGACACCCAYGGCAUGUUCCAGCACCAAAGCUCGGUUUCUCACCAGCCCAUUGUGCGGCAGUGUGGACCUCAAGGCGGCCUCCAGUCCCCCGCGAGCGGCUUGCAGCCCGCUGAGUUCCUCUACUCGCACGGAGUGCCUCGAACCCUCUCGCCCCACCAGUACCACUCAGUGCACGGGGUGGGCAUGGUGCCAGAGUGGAGCGAGAACAGCUAACGGGGAAGCGCUAGCAGAUCAUCUGUGACAAGCGGAGAAGGAAGGAGGGGGGAAAAAAAGGAAAAAAAAAAAGGAAAAAAUACGCAGUCUGUAAUAAAAACAUAGAGCGUUUUGCAAGUCUCCUUUAACUGAAUGUUCACCAGGAGCACUCGAGGAAGACGGACACAUCUUUUGGGCUGUCUGGAACUGYGGGUGAAACGGCUCAUUAGCCUCCUUGGGACUUGUCCCUCUGGCCCCUUUUCUUGGGUCCCAAAAGGAAAUCAGCAGAAGGACACACUUCUCCCCCGGCACGCUCCCCAUAGAAUCCGUGUUGCUGCCACAAGCCCCCUGUGUCCUCAUUUCUCUCCCGCUCUUUCCAUUCCCAGAGGGACACGGACCUCCUGCUGCCUUUCUCCACAGAGUCGGAGUGCUUGACCGAAAACAGCUAGGAUGUUACUUUUUUUGUGG